AUUACUGAGCGUAUAUAAGAGACGAACUUACGUUCACUUCUCAUGAGUUUCGUGGCGCAUUGCAACUGACACAGGACAGAUGAAGUUUCUGGUUUGCCUUCUGGCCCUAACGGCAACCGCCGUGUUCGCCGCUCCUCAGUUUGAUGACGACUUUGGUUCAUCCUACGGGUCGGAGAGCCACGGACAGGCCGAGAGCUACUCUCAGACCAGCUUUGGCAGCCCCCACAAGAAGGUCAAGACUGUGGUUAUCAACAAGGAGGUCAAGGUCCCCGUCGAAAAGCCGUACCCUGUAACUGUCGAGAAGAAUGUCCCUUACCCGGUGAAGGUCCCGAUCGAAGUUAAGGUUGAGAAGCCAUAUCCCGUCGAAGUGGUCAAGCCUUACCCUGUAUACGUUGAGAAGAGAGUGCCAUACCCUGUUGAGAAAACUGUCCCGUAUGCCGUGCAGGUCCCUUACAAAGUCCCUGUCCCUUACAAGGUCGCUGUCCCUGUUGAGAAGCCAUACCCCGUCCACGUGGAAGUCCCUCAUCCUGUCCCUCAGCCUUACUUCGUCGAGAAGAAAACACCAGUGUUCCUGAAGAAGGAAGAAGAAUACGAAGGCGAAAGCUACAGCAGCUACAGCUCCUGAGUGUCCAGCAACCCGUUCUACAUCACUCCAUUUCACUCAGACGACGUCGUAACCUUAUUUAUUAAGACGGUUCGCCCAUGCAUGUAACUGAACAAUAAAACAUUGAACAGCAAUAA